AUGGGUAGAAGAAUAUUUGUGCCAAUAUUGUGGGCCAUUAUGGCGGUCGUGGUCCUUGGACUCCCCGCCGACAACAAAUCGGGGGACAACGACCUAAUGGCAACGAUAUACUCGGACUGCAGCAAAAAUGAUGCCGUUAACUGCAUCAAAGUUAAGUUCUUUAAUUUUGUUGAUAAAAUGCUCACGGACAAAGAGGAUAUCACCCUGUCGGAAGGUAUUACGGUGGUCAAGACUUCUACUGCAGAGGAAGGUGCACCUAGAUCUAUCGACUCGACGGAUGUAGAUACCCUGAUUUUUGAUAGGGUGGGAAGGUUCCUCAAGACACACUCCAUUAAAGUUGACCUCAAGGGCAGCGAUAUUCUAGGGGUGGUUGAAUCUGCUGGAAGGAGCUUGGAUGACCUCAGUGAUAGCCUUGUCGAAGGACGGGGUAAAAAGAAAAAGCAGCAGAAAAUGAUGGGUCCGAUAAUGAUGGCAAUGGCAUUAAAAGCCGCAGCUUUGAUGCCUUUGGCGCUGGGAACAAUAGCCCUUAUCGCCGGAAAAGCCCUUCUAGUCGGUAAAAUAGCGCUCGUGAUAUCAGCAAUCAUCGGAUUGAAAAAGUUGCUCGGUGGACAGAAGCACGUGACUUAUGAAGUAGUCGCUCACCCUCACCACAGCAGCAGCUCUAGCCAUGUGGUCAGCCACGACGAUGGAGGUCAUGGUGGUGGUGGUGGUGGCUUCAGUGGAGGUGACUUCGGCGGCGGAUAUGGAGGUGGCGGCUCCUCCAGUGGCCAUGGAUGGGCGAGAAGCUUACCUCAAGAUGUACAUCAACAUGCCCAACAAUUAGCCUACAGCGGACAAAUGCCAGUCCAAGCCCAGGCUUAA